GAACUAUGAGCAGAUUGUGAAAGCUCAUCAGAACAACCCGAACGAGGGGAAGAACCAGAUCUCUGAUGAGGUGAAGUUCAAUGUUUUCCAAGGCAUCAUGGACUCCCUGUUCCAGUCCUUCAACGCCUCGGUCUCCGUAACGAGUUUUCAGGAGCUCUCAGCGUGUGUCUUCAGCUGGAUUGAGGAGCACUGCAAGCCCCAGACGCUGCGGGACGUUGUCAUCGGGGUCCUGCACAAGGUGAAGAGCCAGCUCUACUGAGCCUCCCGUGCCACUGCUGUGCCCAUGGGGAUGGGGCACUGCUGCCAGAGGCCAGGGUGCCAGGCACCACCCUGGGCCCUCUCCCUUGUGGCUGUUUUUAAGGUUCUCUGAAUUAUUUAUUGUAUUCCUUCUGAAGCCCAACGGUGGCUGUGCAGACACUGCUGCUCCACUCGGUGCCACCAAAUCUUUACAGGGACUGGGCAGGAGGGGAGGGGAAGGUGGGGGCAGAGUCUCUGGCUCAGGCAGUGCCAUGGGCUUGCCUGUGCCACUGACUCUCCUUGCAGAGCUGAUCCCAGAGCAGUUCCACUCUGUGCCCUCAGCCCUGUGACAGCCCUGCUGUCCCCAAGGUGGGCAAAUGUGACAAAAGCAUACUAAAAACAAUGGGUUUCUGGUAUAGCAGCAGGAAUUGCUUUUCCCUGGCCCUCUGGGCUGUGCCCUGCCCCUCUGAGGCAGCUGUUUUGAGUCAGCUGUUGUAUUUUGGAGGAGCCUGGCAUUGCUGGCAGCAGGAUGAGCCCAUCAAGAGCUGGGAGCUGUGGCCCUGGCAGCACAUGCUAGGGCCUUGAUGAGCCCCAAGCAUGCUGCAGCCCAGGGAAGGAACAGAGUGAAGUUCCUGCAAGUGCUGGGACACCUCUCCUUUUCAGAAACUGUGGCUGUAUUGCACAGCAAAGACCUGCAGCUGUAGCACAGCUGCUCCUCCUUAGAACUUUUAUACACACACAUACAUGACCAGCCUCGAUUGGAUUUUUAUUACUGUAAAUUUUGAAAUGGUCCCAGAGUGCUGCCUGUGCCAGCUGUAGAAGCAGCUGCUAUCAGGGACAUGUUUGACCCUGUCCCAUGCCCAGUUUGGGUCUCAGCUCUGCCUGGGUGAGGGGACCAGGGUGCUGCCAGCAGCAGGGUUUGUUCUCCAUCACCAUGUUUGUGCUCCUGCCCCAGGGGCACAUCCAGGGAAUGUUUAUUUCAGGCAGUUUUUCCAGCACUGAGGAGGGAGUGCUGCCUCCUGCCUUGGGAAGAAGACGUGGAAUUUUACAGACCUCACACGUGAAAGUGAUGUAUUUUUCUAUUGUGAAAAGUAAUUAAAUAAAUUUCACUGAAUGUUUUGA